GUCCGGUGCGGCACUAAGGCAGGCGAGCAGCUCUUGUGGGGGCGGUUGUGUGUGUUCGGCGACUCUCACCAUGCUGGCGCUCAUCAACAGGCUCCUGGAUUGGUUUCGCUCGCUCUUCUGGAAAGGCGAGAUGGAGCUCACCCUCGUGGGCCUGCAGUAUUCUGGAAAGACCACGUUCGUCAACGUGAUCGCGUCAGGCCAGUUCAGCGAAGAUAUGAUUCCCACUGUGGGCUUCAAUAUGAGGAAGGUCACUAAAGGCAACGUCACAAUAAAGAUUUGGGAUAUAGGAGGACAACCUCGCUUCAGGAGUAUGUGGGAGCGAUACUGCCGAGGGGUCAACGCCAUAGUGUAUAUGGUAGACGCUGCCGACCGGGACAAGAUUGAGCCCUCCAGAAAUGAGCUGCACAAUCUGUUAGACAAACCUCAACUUCAAGGCAUUCCAGUUCUCGUCUUGGGUAACAAAAGAGACCUCAACGAUGCUCUGGAUGAAAAGCAGCUUAUCGAGAAAAUGAACUUGGCAGCCAUUCAAGAUCGAGAAAUCUGUUGCUACUCUGUGUCAUGUAAGGAGAAGGACAAUAUAGAUAUCACACUGCAGUGGCUAAUUCGGCACUCUAAGUCCCGGAGGAGUUGAGAAGACUCCCUCUCCAGACGCUCGUCCCUACCCUGCAGCCGAGAGCCAUGUCGCCCCCACGACCAGACCAGGGCCCGACGUGCAGCUUUAAACUCUCGGCCCGAAACUCUGCUCCACGCCCAAGUCCUGGCCUGAGCCCAGCCCAUCGGGCUGGCUCCUUCCUCAGCCCCGCCUACAGCCGUGCUUUGACCCGAGUCCUGGCCCAGCACACGGCCGCUCAGGUCCCGCCCGGCUGUGCCGUGGACCUCAGUGCCCAGCCCUACACUAAGCUGCCAUCCUGGCCCUCUUCAGGCCACGCCUCCUGGCCUGCCCAGUAAUUAUAGUCUCCGGUUUGUAUGCCUGCUUAGUGACCUUGCAUGCACUCCCCACUGUCCGAUUUCACACAUUCAUGCUCUGUUAUUUUUUCAGGCUCCUCUUCUCGUGCGUCAGCACCUGCUCCUAACGUUGUUUUUGUGUGCCCUGCGAGGGUCAUUUAAGAGCUUUGUUUGUCCUCCCCUUCUUCAAGCCAUUCAGGUCAUGGCACUGCUUUGCGUCCAACAGCGAUUUGACCAGUACGUUCAACCUGCAGUUCAGACCAAAUGGGGCAGCCUGCAUCAGCAUAGAACUGUAAAGCUACUGGGCACCCUUAUUGGCACCAGAUGUACCGAAGGAACACGAGGGGUCACAAUUACAGAAGAACGCAUUCCAGAAUAUUCUCCAUAAUAUGAACGAGUGUAGUCCAACAGUUAGAUCUCAUUGGUGUUGGCAGGCUGAUAUGGUUCUCUUGAGCAGAGUUCGUCAGGCGUUUUUGGUAUGGGAUGGGAUUUUUUUUUUUAUGCACAUGCCACUUGUAUUCCAGUGGCAGGAUUAGUUGAAGCUUUGCUAAAAACAAUGGCUUGAGGCCUCUUUUUAGAUAUCUGCACUUCUGGUCUCUGUCUUACAAUAAGAUUUCAGGAUUACAGUGGGGGUGGCCAUACUGUAAUUUUGAGAGAUUUUGUCAUGUAGACAAGAAUUUGAACUUGCUUUAAGGAAUUCUCAAUUGUUAGCAUUUCUCAAAAUAUAUCAACUUGUGUGUGGAAGGCUGCUGUUUUUUGUUUUUUUGUUUUUUUUUUGCUGUGGAAACGUCCUUUGCUAGAGUUUGUGCUGUUUGUAGGUCAGCGCUGAACAAAUUGAAACCCGGGCCUCGUUAAGGGGUCAGGGAGUCAGAGGUAUCUAAGCUACAUGCCGAUUUAUUUUGGCCUGUUAUUGUUUUAUUCACCUGUAAGAGUGUUCUUCCCUGCGUCUUGUAUAUGCGCACCAUUGAGGAAUGGUCUCCAGAGGGUGCGGCGAAAAUGGAAUCCGGUCACUACACACCUUGCCCUUUUAAACUCCGUAGAGGGGGGAAAAAGCAUUAUAAUGACUGUUUAAAUGCAAGAAUGAACUUUUGAUAUAGUUUAUAGCACAGUAGUAAGCAGUCGUAAUAAACAUAAUCAUCAUCUGUAAAGUGACUGCCUUCACAGUUUUUUCAUUUUUUAAAACCUCUUUAAUCUCUUUGCCAGUGGGCACUACUAAAAACUCACAAACCAACCACUGCCUCAACUCGUGUAAGCUUUAAUUGUUUUAAGGCAGUUUAAUGGGCCAGUGCCUCGCUUGUGAACAUACUCUACGUCACCCAUAUGCACAUUGUUAAUCGGACAUAUAUGCUAUUGUGACCUCUUAACUGCAGCCACUACAUUGUUUGAUGACCCAGGGCAGUGUGGUAAAUUCAGAAUUGAAGUCCUUGAUGGGUUUUUGCCUGGGGCAGUGUGUGUACAGCACAAUGCAAAGACAGAAUCACUGCGUGUUUGCGCAAGGCAGCGGUGCCCACAGGUCCUCUGUUUCCUCACUAGUCCUUUCUGUGCACUACUGUAAAUUACACUUCAUCUUCUUCAUCCCCUCAUCUCCAGACAACCCCGCCAGCCUCUUCCUCAUUUAGUUCAACCCCUUUUUGACGCCAGUCACUCCUCCUCUUCUGACUGACUCCUCCACUUUCACCCACCUACACUUCCUGCUACGCCUUGAGGGGCGGAGUCAGGCCUGCCACGACCAGGGCCUGCCACGCCCUGGUCGUCUCUGGCCUGUUCGCUUGUCCGUUUUGAACUUGAUUGUCAGAAGAAUCUGCCAAAUUAUAACGUCUUCAGUCUCUAGUGCAAUUGCUGCUUGAAUUUAUACUCCAUUAUGAAGCAGAAUGACUUAUUUUAGCCUGUACAGUGCUUUUCUGGACAAAUGCUUGCUCACGCUGUUUACAUGGGGAGGUGGAAUCAUUGUUCCCUGCAGAUAUUUAAGUGCCUUCAGUUUAUUUCUGGAUCCAAACCACAUAGUCCUUGGGUCGCUCUUGCUUGGAAGCCAUGCGCAAUUUGAAACAAAAACACAGAGCAGAGCAGAAAUUUUCAGUGAUGGUGAAUGUAGGAUGGUGCACCGCUCCACGAAAUCUCCCCGCGAUGUCUUCUGUGGUGACUGAUGGCAGGGUUGCAGUUCAGCUAUCUUGGCAGCGCACCGAGCUGUGCACCUCUCUAUCGACCCAGCUCACACAAGGCGGAUUGUUGAUGGCUGACGAGCUGAGUCAGAUGUAAUUAAAUUGGGGAACACUGGAACGUUUCUGCAGGAGAAGUGAUUGCCCCCCUCCCCGCACACUACUCGCAAGCUUGGAGUGCGCAUGACUGAUUGUGGCUCAGACCUGCGAGCUAAGAUGAGGGGCCCAUGUGUGCGUGCAGUGGCCGCGCGUUUGCACGUAAAUGUGGACUUUGUUUAUCUACAUGUUGGUGAGCACGAUUUGCUCACACGUCCUGUGUAGGCUUUGUGAACGCUAAUGUGCCUAAUUUCCUUAAGCAUUGGCUGUGUGUGACUUAUAAGUAAGUUGGUAGUUCCUUGUGUUUUAAGGAGAGCUGCUUAAAUAAAAAUGUUGCCCAUAACUGUUUCUAGGCAGACGAAAAAUCAACUUGAUCAUCAGUCAAAAUGGCCACUUUCUGGACAGCGCUUUACUUGAUCUUGUGUAGAUAGGCUUAAACAUGUUUGUAGCUGAAUGUGAACAGUAUGUACAAUGCAGACUGAAUUUCUUCUUGCUAGCCAGUGUCAUCUACCUGUAGUUCUCGUGUGUCAUUUUACGGUACCCUGCAAAUCUUUCAAACUGUAACUAGGCUCAUGGCACGCACGAACGAAACAUUUAGAGAGGUGUGACCCGAACUUGGAUUAUUUUCAUCCGGAUCGAUCGUUGCUCGAGUCGGUGUUGUGUAACGGGUGAAAUUUACUUUGCGUGAUUGUGCAUUAAAUCACGUUGUCUUAUUUGGCGUAUCGCGUGCUUUUCCACUACGCUUAUGGUAUGAAAAAUGAACUGACACGGCAAGCGAGGUCAAGCUUUUGGUACCAUGACGAUAGCAGCUGUGAACAUCUCCAUCCUGCUAAAGCGUGCUCCACGUGGGCUUGUCAUGUUGGCCCCUAACUCGGUAGCUUUGCUGAUGUCCUAACAGUCGCCGCUCGUCACACCACUUUAGUAGGUUAAUGUUAGAUUGCUGUUGCUGGUGGAAUAAAUGGAAGACUUGCCACCCAGACUGGUAAACUAGUUUCACCAUUAACGUUAACGUCUCCCAUCUCCUGCUAAACUACCUCAGAAUAGAAUAUGGUGGUGGUAGUAGUAGUAGUAAUAGUAAUAAUAAUAAUAAUAAUAAUAAUAAUAUUCUCUUAAUUAGCUAUACGAUGUGUUCUUUGAGUUGUUUAAAACCUUCGUUUUCCCUGAAGAUUCAAGUGUUGACCAAACUACAGUUAAGAUUUUUUUUUUUAUCGUUGAGCUUAUUCUUUCAGUAGACUAAUUUUUAUGAUUUUCUGUUUGCAGAGUCUCUACUUUUAUAGCUAGUCGAUUCACUGAAGUUGAGUAAAUCUCAUUCUCAGAGAUUGACUGACUUUUUUUUUAUUUUUUAUUUUUAUUUUUAUACUUUUCAUCGCAAAGGAAUAUUGUACUUCAUUCUUUGAAAAGGUAAACAAACAAGCUGCUUCUCUCCACCUACCAAAAGGCACAGGUGCAGUUUUUGAUCAGCGAAUUAUUUUACAGUGUUAUCAUAUACAAUCUCAGUAUCAUUGCCUUGCCCUGUCCUGAUUACUUACAUUGCGCUUGCAUUUCCACAACACACAGCACCCGAAUGAAUGAAUAAACCAAUGCAGGGACAGUGUGCACACCUCCGCCUCUCACGUGCGCUCACUCCCUCUCUCCCUACCGGUGUUGUCCAAUCAGUGGUUAUCGUGUAGGGGCCAAGCUGAUCACUCCAAAGGCGCAGGCCCAUCUUCCCAUCUUCACACCCCGCCUCUCAACACUACGCCUGUAAUGACUCUCUUUUGGCAUCGGGAAAAUAGACGUGUCGAUUUGCUGACUUUGUAAAUAAGUAAAGAAACAUUUUUAUUCAUAUGAA